GGGGGUUAAGUAAAACUCCUUUUAAUUUUUACUGAAAACCAAAAGCGCGAUUUGCCCCCAAUUCCAAACGCGGUUCUUUGUUAAUUGAGAGGAAGACGCAGUGCAAUCCGCCUUCAUCAGAGGAUCGAUUCGAUUGUUUCAGAGGCAAAACAAACAAUGAUCAGCAUCCUUGCUCAGGAGCGUCUACUUGGCGCUGCCCUAGGAAGUGUAUUCGCCGGAGCUGUUAUUUUUGAGCAACGGAGAGACAUCUACAGGACGAUCGCACAGCAUCAACCUGCUAAAUCUCAGAUGAAAGAGCAUAUUCAUAGCAAGAAAAUCGAGUUUGCACACUAUUGGAACAAAUCAGUGGAUCGGAUUUUUGGACCAGCUAUCCAGGCUCUUAGCUCACGUCGCUGGUAGAAUUAAUAAGUUACACAACCAAAUUAUGGAGAUGUUAUUGUUAUAUUUUCAUAUCCAAAUGCCUCAUGUUUCAAUUUCAUUAUGAGUUAGUUGUUCCAUUGAGGCCAACUGUUAUACUUCCUGUCAGU